UCUAAGCAAUUUCCAUCCUCAAUCUUCAUCGUUGCAAAGUGCAAAGCCGGUGAGUUCUCAUCUCAUCUUUCUCUCUCUCUUUCAGCAUUUCAUCGGAAAUCGUGGAAUUUCUGGCUAUGUCACUGUUUAGUAAACAAAUUAAUUCUGAAUUAAGAGAAUGGCGCUUGAUUUUGGCUUUGAUGGUUUUUAGAUAAGUUUCUCUAAUCUUUUUCAAAUUCCAAAGCUGUUGGAGAGGUUAAAUUUCCCAAGUUGGAGGAAGAUUGUUUAUGCUGUCACUAUGGACGUGUUCAGGAGUGCCAUACUGCAACCUAGGCCACCUGAAAGUUUUGCUCUACAGCUAGUUCAGCAAGUUAUAAAGCCUCAGAAACAAACGAAGCUAGCUCAAGAUGAGAAUCAGUUAUUAGAAAACAUUCUUCGAACAUUGCUUCAAGAAUUGGUGUCCUCUGCUGUACAGUCAGGGGAGCAGAUAAUGCAAUAUGGGCAAUCAAUUGAUGAUGGAGGAAGUACCCAGGGUCUUAUUCCUCGUCUUCUUGACAUUGUCUUGUAUCUUUGUGAGAAAGAGCAUAUUGAAGGUGGCAUGAUAUUCCAGCUAUUGGAAGACUUAACAGAAAUGUCUACAAUGAGGAACUGUAAGGAUAUUUUUGGUUAUAUAGAAAGUAAACAAGACGUACUAGGGAAGCUAGAGCUUUUUGCUCGUGGAAAACUUGUGAUGUUGAGAACAUGCAAUCAACUUCUUCGUCGUCUAUCAAAGGCAAAUGACGUGGUAUUUUGUGGACGGAUUCUCAUGUUUCUGGCACAUUUUUUCCCAUUAUCUGAGCGUUCAGCGGUGAAUAUAAAAGGAGUAUUCAACACAUCAAAUGAAACAAAGUAUGAGAAAGACCCUCCUGAUGGCAUUUCAAUUGAUUUCAACUUCUAUAAGACCUUUUGGAGUUUACAGGAACAUUUUUGUAACCCUGCUUCCUUAACUCUCGCUCCUACUAAGUGGCAGAAAUUUAUGACCAGUUUAAUGGUUGUCCUGAGUACAUUUGAAGCUCAACCUUUGAGUGAUGAAGAUGGAGAUGCCAAUAACUUGGAGGAAGAGGCAGCAAAUUUCAGCAUAAAGUAUCUUACAAGCAGUAAGCUUAUGGGUUUGGAGUUAAAAGAUUCAAGUUUCCGGCGCCAUGUACUUGUGCAGUGCCUCAUAUUGUUUGAUUACCUGAAGGCACCAGGGAAAAGCGAAAAAGAUAUGCCUUCUGAAAGUAUGGACCUGAGAAAGAACAAGAACAGGGAAAAUAAAAAAGAAGAAAUAAUGUCUUGUGAGGAGCGUGUGAAAAAGCUGCUUGAAAUGACUCCACCCAAGGGGAGUGAUUUCCUUAACAAAAUUGAGCAUAUCUUAGAGCGUGAAAAGAAUUGGGUAUGGUGGAAACGUGAUGGUUGCCCAGCAUUUGAAAAGCAACCAAUAGAGAAGAAAGUAAUCCAAGAUGGAGCUAAAAAGCGUAGGCUGAAAUGGAGACUGGGAAAUAAAGAACUCUCUCAGCUAUGGAAGUGGGCAGAUCAGAAUCCGAAUGCUUUAACUGAUCCUCAGCGUGUUCGAACACCGGCCAUCACAGAGUACUGGAAACCCUUAGCUGAUGAUAUGGAUCCAUCAGCUGGAAUAGAAGCUGAAUAUCACCACAAAAACAACAGGGUUUAUUGCUGGAAAGGUCUGCGAUUUUCAGCUAGACAGGACUUGGAUGGAUUUUCAAGAUUUACUGACCAUGGUAUUGAGGGAGUAGUUCCUCUGGAACUUUUGCCACCUGAUGUCCGUUCGAAAUACCAAGCUAAACCAAAUGAUAGGUCUAAACGUGCUAAAAAAGAAGAAGCCAAGGGUGCCUCACAUCAAAGUGAAGAAAAUCAGAUUGCCACACCUGCAAGUGAGAUAGAUGAGGGAAUCAAAGCGGAUCUUGAGGCCUCUGGAACACCAAUGGACACUGAUGCCACUGCUGCAACUGGCAGUAUGUCUCAAGGUGGCAGUCCAACUGCAGAUGAACACCAGAAGCAAAGCUCUGACACAGAUGGUCAAGAGGCAGCUGGCCAGUCAGAACCAGAUGCCGAUGUAGAGGCUGGGAUGGUUGAUGGUGAGGCAGAGAUGGAGGCAGACACAGAGGUCGAUUUAGAUGCAGUUGGCUGAAGGAUGAAAGAAUUUACUGCCUCUUGAAGGAAGAUAGUUGUUGACAUCUAUUUGACACUUUCUAGAAUAGGAUCAGAAUCUGCCUAAACCGUGGAAGGCAGAUUAAUACCUGUUACAAGUAUUAACCGUGGAAGGCAGAUUAAUAACUGUUAAAAGUAUUCCUUUGGCCAAGUACCGACUUUCAACGUUCUGCUUUCUAUGCAACAAUUUAUCCUUUUCAAGUA